AAUAUACAUGUUAUGCACCGUAAAUAUGAUCGAUAAGUGUUCUUUAAAUCGAUAGGCUACUUCUGUCGUUUUGUUGAAAAACAAUAGCUGCACCUGAGGCAAUCGCUUCCUUCAUUGAGCUGUAAUUAUCGACUACAAGGACUUUCUUUUAAAAUCGUGCAUGCAGAGUGUAAGACGAGCGAUCACCCACAAUGAAUAAUAAAUACAGAUAUCCUGUGAACUCGGUGACGUCAUGCCCUAUGGACGCCGCAAACUGGAAAACAGCUGCGAGACGAAGGAACUGCAGUUUUGAUGACGUUAAACCCAUAAACCGCUAUAUGUGUGUACCCAACCAGGAAAAGACUGAAUUUUUAGAAUUCUGUUAUGAUCAAAUUAGACCUAUGGUUCAACCUGGCAACUGCAUAGAGUUAGCCGGUACUGGAACUUUAAAUCAGGUCAGAUGCAACGCGUUUAGAAAGGGGUGUCCAGACAAUCCUUACCUCAGUGACUCCAUUUAUCAACACCCUGCUUGUUUGGAUGUAAACACUAUCGACAAAUGCUACUAUGAAGAUCCCAUGUGUCCUAACAUAACGGCCACAACUGAAAGGGCCGAUUUGACGAUGGACGAAGCGGGAUCAUCCUGGAUAGCUGGUGCUGUCAUUGGAAGUUUGGCAUUGGUUGCAAUUAUAAUCCUUGUUGUUUUAUUCCGUCGUCGAAUAAUGGCUAUGUUCUUGCAACUAACGAAUGCGGGAAUUCAGUCCGAAGUUGUUACACCGUUAAUGGACAUUGAAGGUUCUGGAAAUAACACCCUCUCUAAAUCGCCAUAUGAGGCUGAAAUGGAAGAGGCAUUGGAACCAUUAAUUAGGACUUUUACCGGUAUGUGUACUUAAUCAAAGUGUGUGUCAACA